AGACGCCAUUUCCCUGGUCGCGAGAAGGGGGCCCCCGCCCUCUCGCAGCUCGCCGGCUCUGCCCGGCUGCCACCACGUGUCCCCGGAAGGCCUUUGUGAGUCACCCAGGCCCUCCCGGAGCCCCGGCCGCGACGCCCACCCGCUUACCUGCGGCUCCGACGUCCGUAGCCACCGCCCCCGUACCUGCGGGGCGGGGGUCCCCGGCGGCUAUGGUGCGAGUCCGGGGGGCGGCCGUAGCGCGCCAUCUGCACCCGCAACUCGCGGCCGUCCAGCACGGCCCCGUCCAUGGCGUCCAUGGCGUCCUCAGCGUCGCGCUUGUCGUGGAAGCGGACGAAGGCAAAGCCGCGGGACUCCUUGGUGUAGCGGUCCCGCGGGAUGUACACGUCGCCGACGCGUCCGUACUUCUCGAACACGCGCCUCAGGGUGUCUGGCGAGGUGCGGUAAGUCAGGUUGUCCACCUUGAGGGAGGUCAUGCCCUCCACAUCGGGAGGCGGGCGGCCGUAACUCAUGGCUCUGAAGAGUCGGGCCGGGGCCCGUGACUGCGCGCCGACGGACUAACGCCCCGGCGGGCUCGCGCGCUCGGCUACGGCGGCGGUUUUCUCAGACUAGCUCGGCUCGACGCCGCGCCUCUCCCCUGGCGGUUGGUUUCCGCGUAGAAACGUUUGGAAAGGCCUGACUAAGACAACUGAGAGAGAGCUCCGCACGGGACUCCACCAGAGAAGCAACUGGGCCGGCGGCCGACUCCAGCGCCCGUUUAUAACCCUCCUCACAAAAUGGCGCCCGCGCCACCCGGAAAUGAAUCCUCUGAUUGGCUCGUCUCGCCCCGCCCCGAUUGCAGUGGGUUCCCCCGAGGAGAGCUGACUGCCCUCUGCUGCUGCCGAUCGUUUGGCAGAGUUGAGCCAAAAUGUCCCCGGAAUCUAAAAAGCUUUUCAAUAUCAUUAUUUUAGGAAUUGCCUUUAUGUUUAUGUUCACCGCCUUUCAAACUUGUGGAAAUGUAGCGCAAACUGUCAUCAGGAGCUUAAAUAGCACAGAUUUUCACGGCAGUGGCUAUACCAGCAUGGCAAUUAUUUAUGGAGUGUUCUCUGCUUCAAAUUUGAUUACACCAUCAGUGGUUGCCAUUGUAGGACCUCAACUCUCUAUGUUUGCUAGUGGUUUAUUUUACAGCAUGUACAUUGCCGUUUUUAUCCAGCCUUUCCCGUGGUCCUUCUACACAGCCUCUGUUUUCAUUGGAAUUGCAGCUGCUAUACUUUGGACAGCACAAGGAAACUGCCUGACAAUAAAUUCAGAUGAGCACACUAUUGGGAGAAACAGUGGAAUUUUCUGGGCACUCUUACAAUCUAGCUUGUUCUUUGGAAAUCUCUACAUAUAUUUUGCUUGGCAAGGGAAAACUCAAAUAUCAGAGAGUGACCGAAGGACAGUGUUUAUUGCCCUGACAGUGAUUAGCCUUGUGGGGACAGUUCUCUUCUUUCUCAUUCGGAAACCAGAUUCUGAAAAUGUCCUGGGAGAAGAUGAAUCUUCUGAUGACCAGGACCUGGAUGUCAACGAGUCUGCCCAGAACAAUAUGACAAAGGCAGUAGAUGCAUUUAAAAAGUCUCUUAAGUUAUGUGUCACCAAGGAGAUGCUCCUUCUUAGCAUUGCAACUGCUUAUACAGGUCUGGAAUUGACUUUCUUCUCUGGUGUAUAUGGAACCUGUAUCGGCGCUAUAAAUAAAUUUGGAACAGAAGAGAAAAGCCUCAUUGGACUUUCUGGCAUUUUCAUUGGCAUUGGAGAAAUUUUAGGUGGAAGCCUCUUUGGCCUGCUGAGCAAGAAUAAUCGUUUUGGUAGGAAUCCGGUUGUGCUGUUGGGCAUCCUGGUGCAUUUUAUAGCUUUUUAUUUAAUAUUUCUCAACAUGCCUGGGGAUGCCCCUAUUGCUCCUGUCGAAGGAACUGAUAGCAGUGCUUACAUCAAACCCAGCAAAGAAGUUGCCAUCUUCUGCAGCUUCCUGUUGGGUCUUGGAGACAGCUGCUUCAAUACCCAGCUGCUUAGUAUUCUAGGUUUUCUCUAUUCUGAAGACAGUGCACCGGCCUUUGCAGUCUUUAAAUUUGUGCAGUCCAUUUGCGCAGCCGUGGCAUUUUUCUACAGUAACUACCUUCUCCUUCAUUGGCAACUCCUGGUCAUGGUGAUAUUUGGGUUUUUUGGAACUGUUUCCUUCUUCACUGUGGAGUGGGAAGCUGCUGCCAUUGUAGCCCGGGGCUCUGACUACCGAAGUAUUUGAUGAAGGGUGCCCACGAGAGGAGGCUGCCUCCUCAGACAGCUCGGCUGGGCGGUAGGGCUCGGUGCAGGAGGCCCGCUCUCGUCUUCACAGUACAUUGGAGGAUGUUUAGGAUGCAAAAUCAGAGAUUUAAGACUGCUAAAUCUGCCAGAGUUGGUAUUCAAGUUUACAGAUGUUAGUUGUUUAAAACUAGUGGAAUAAGGGAGACUUGUACUGUCGAUUAUGAUCGUUCAAAGAUGUUGUUUUUCAGUUCGUCUGUCUCGCGUCCCUUUUGAUCAUGUUAUAAAUGUGUAAGUGUUUUCUUCUCCCCCUGUUCUCUUUGAACGAUCAUGCUUUGAUUGAAACUACUAGGCCAUAUGUCAUAUAAAGACUCUUGAUGGGUAUGGCGUAUGUGUUACUAUGUAAUAAAAGGGAGCAUAUGCCACCCCACGCGUGUCUGGGAAUGACAUUUAAAUAAAUCAUGUGAUGCUGAAA